AUGCCUAUUCUCUCUGGAGGCAGCGACCAAGACUAUAGUAACAUUAGCUACGCUUCUUGUAAUUCCUUGAGCCAUUUCUUUCCUGUCUCCGUUGAAACUCCUUCUGUCAAAGGGGUCCAUUACCAAAGAGCCAGGAGGAUUUACCGCCCUGAUCAAGCCUCUGCAGUCGAUCUAAAGACAGAAAUUAUGAUAAAUGUUGGAGGCAUCAAAUACCUGCUACCCUGGAGCACUUUAGAUGAAUUUCCCCUGACCAGACUGAGCAAACUUAAGUUUUGCAGCAGCUACGAAGAAAUUAUUCAGCUGUGUGAUGAUUACGAUGAAGACACCCGUGAGUUCUUCUUUGACAGGAACCCCAAUGCUUUUGGGAUGAUUGUCAGCUUUCUAGCAGCAGGGAAGCUGAUGCUCUUAAGAGACAUGUGUGCCUUGUCUUUCCAGGAGGAGCUGAGAUACUGGGGGAUUGAGGAAUCCAACCUGGAGAACUGCUGCUUUCGAAAAUUAUUUCAGAAACUGCAGGAGCUGGCUGAGGUACGGAAAGAAGAGGAGCUCCGGAGGAGCAAAGAAGCUGCAUGUGUCCUGGAUGAGAAGACCAAAUUUGGGCAGUUUAUGAACAGACUCAGAGAUAUGGUAGAAAAUCCUCAGUCGGGACUCCCAGGCAAAGUCUUUGCUUGUCUGUCCAUCCUCUUUGUGGCCACCACAGCUGUAAGCCUUUGCGUUAGCACAAUGCCAGAUUUAAGAGCUGAAGAAGACAGGGGUGAGUGUUCCCAGAAGUGCUAUUACAUCUUCGUCAUAGAGACCAUCUGCGUGGCUUGGUUUUCUCUGGAGUUCUGCCUCCGAUUCAUUCAAGCAAGGAGCAAGUGUCAGUUCUUCAAAGGGCCCCUAAACAUCAUUGAUUUCUUGGCUAUUUCACCCUAUUAUGUUUCCCUCAUCUUGGCAGAGGAUGACUCAAGUGAAACGGAUGACAGGCCAAGCAGCAACACUUAUUUGGAGAAGGUUGGGUUGGUGCUACGUGUUUUACGUGCCUUGAGGAUCUUGUAUGUCAUGCGCCUUGCCCGGCACUCCUUGGGCCUGCAGACCUUGGGCCUCACCGUUCGCAGGUGCACACGAGAAUUCGGCCUGCUCCUACUCUUCCUCUGUGUGGCUGUCACUCUGUUUUCUCCUUUGGUUUAUCUUGCUGAGAACGAAUCCGGCAAGGUACUGGAAUUCACGAGCAUACCUGCCUCUUACUGGUGGGCCAUCAUCUCCAUGACCACCGUGGGGUACGGAGACAUGGUGCCACGGAGCGUCCCAGGUCAGAUGGUGGCUCUGAGCAGCAUCCUCAGUGGCAUUCUCAUCAUGUCCUUUCCUGCAACAUCAAUAUUCCACACUUUCUCCCAUUCCUACUCGGAGCUGAGGAAGGAACAUGAACGCCUGCAGUCUCGGAUGAACCGAGUUCAAAAUGCCAAUCACUCUGGUGAAAGUGACACCUUCAAUGAGACAGACAGCUUGAUCCUGGAGGAGCCAGUAUCACCCAUCAAAUACAUUUACACAGGGAACUAAGCCUAGCUCUAAAGCAUUCCCAAGAAUAGGAUACACGUGUAUGUCAACAUAACACACAAAGCAAAGCAACAAAAUACGUUACGCCGCUAUUUUUCUCUGCCAGGAGAUGUAUAACAACGCAGCACAAGCCAAUGCAGCUGGCUCCAGCACGUCACGGCAGAGGUGGAGGUUUUGAGAAUGUCAAAAGUCAAAAGCUUAUUCAUUAACAAAUAUUCAUUCAAUAGGACUAAUGAUAAGAUUCAGCUUUGUCUCUGCCAGUUACGUAUC